AUGCGUUUCACCUCCAUCCUCGUCGCAGCUUUAAGCUCCCUCGCUGCCGCCGCCGAGCUCGGCAUCGAAACAACCCACGCAGUCGAAUGCACCCGCAAGACCGUCAAGGGCGAUGGCGUCUCCAUGCACUACAAGGGAACCCUGCAGUCCGACGGCUCCGAAUUCGACUCUAGCUAUAAGCGUCAUGCGCCGUUGACUUUCAAGCUUGGUACUGGCCGGGUUAUUAAGGGAUGGGACCAGGGCUUGUUGGAUAUGUGCAUUGGCGAGAAGCGCACGUUGACUAUUCCUCCCGAAUUUGGCUACGGCGACCGUGGUAUUGGACCUAUCCCCGGUGGUGCGACCUUGAUCUUUGAGACGGAGUUGGUUGCCAUUGAAGGCGUUGAUAAGGAUGAGCUGUAA